UUCAGUGAUGUUUCCGCUCACAGUGAGAGAUGUUCAAAUGUUCAUAGUAUAGAAGAUAUUCACCUGGAUCACACGAUGAAGAUCAUCCAGCUUCAGAUCUAUCUGUUCGUGUGGUCUCAAGUCACAGAGAGUCUAACAAACACAGCAGUAACUUUAGGAGCUGAUGUGAUUAUAAGCUGUGAUCUUGACAUAAAGGAUAUUUACUGGUUCAGACAGAAAUCACCGGAUCCUCCAGAGUUGAUCUUACGCACUUACAGUAGCAGAACUGGAGGAGCUGAUUAUGAAAACAUAAUCUUCAAACUCAAAUACUCAGUGAAAACUAACAGUAGUCUGUUCAUCAGAAAUAUCACCGCUGAUGAAUUAGGAGUUUAUUAUUGUGUGAAAACUAGUGAACCACAAAAAUUCAGCAACGGCACCAAGAUCUACAUCAGCGACUCAGUCUACAGGAAUCAGACAGCUCUAGAACAGGAGAUACAAUGGAGAAACCUGACCAUCACUUCUGUCCUGUUCAAUGUGCUUCUGAUCAUUGCAUUCAUAGGUUUGUUGAAGUGCUGCCUUGACGCAAGCAGAAGAUCUAAAAAUACUUCAGAGAAACCUCAAAGUACUACAGCAGCUCAAUACACAAAUGAUCCACAGUAUGCGGACAUUGAUUACUCGAAACCCUCCAGAAGACACAGACCUCGUCCAGUACCAGAACAGGACCAGACCACCUACUCUCUUCUGCAGCCAGUAAAGACUGUUUAACAACAUUACAAAUGGCAUCUACAUAUACGUACAUGUCUUUACAAAAUGUAAAUGUGUUAGUGUUGUUCUUUUUCCAGUUUCCUCAUUGUUUCUGCUUAGCCCAAAGAGUAACAAAAUACCCCUCUAUUGGAUCAAUCUACUAAAUUAGUCUUAUUUAAGUAAAGACUGAGUGAGUCUUGUUUAAUCAACUAAAUCAGUCUUUUUCGUGGGAAUGGUGUUUAAUCUAAAUAUACAGAGGGGAAGAUUCUAAUAUAAUGUAUUCGUAAGUAUUAUUAUUAUCAUGCAGACCAUUUAAAACAUUUUUUUUCCUUUAUGUUCUCUGAGAUGUUCAUGCGAGCAAUGAAAGUUAAUGUAAACCAUAGCAAUGUGGUUUCUCUGUGUUACAGCCGCUUCUUACACUUGCAAUUUUGUGCUACUUCAUGUUUUUCACAUUUCACGUUUCACAGGAGUUAAAACACAUGAUUAAAGCUAAAUAUAUAUGAAGUUUAUUAUUAUUAUUAUUAUUAUUAUUAUUAUCAACAUUUGCUUGCAUGUUAUCUUUUAAUAAUCUGGUUCUUACAUAUUUAAACUUGUAUCGUCUGCACAGCUCUUUUUUGUGGUUAGCACAAGUAUGGUUUCAUGUGAAAGAAAUGUUCCGCUGGUUUGGUCAGCUGAUACAUUUGCAUGCAUAUAGACGAGUGGAGGUGGUUGAAAAUUUCCCUUUUGCCUGACAAAAAAAGAAAUAAUAAUAAUAAUAAUAAUAAUAUAAACAAAUUUACUUGUACCCAUUCCAUUAAUUUGUCAGCAUUGCAAAAUGACACUAACGAUUUCAAAUCUUCAAGAAACUUCUGUGCUACUACAAUUGAGUUAAAUGGGUACAAAGUAUACAGUAGCAUUGGGUUGCAACCCAAAAAUGGACCAUAUAUGUGAAAAUGUAUAUGUAAAUAUAGGACCAAACCUGUGAAAAACAAUGAUAAAUGUAAAUAAUAAAAUGGUAACCAAACGGACCA